CCGAUGUGGGCCUCAAAUGGUCACAUGCAAAAUUAAUUAAGAUCCUUCGUCAUUAGAGCUUAGUAAUGGUACUUUACUCCUUUCUCAUCCCCAUAAAUACAAAGCCUCUUUCCAAAGCAACCAAACCAUCAAGAAAACACAUACACCCUUUGACUCUCCUUCUCCUUCUUUGUUCCUCUGUUUCUGUGUUGUUCUAUUCUUUUCAUCAGUCACAGAAGAAAAUACAGAGCAAUGUCCACCUCCGCCAGAAAAAAGCUUCACCUGAACACAGUUUCAGUGAAACUAGGGUGUGGCAGCAGUUGCAGAAGGCCAAAACUCUCUCGAAUAUUCCACCCUAAACCAAAACCCAAGAACCCCACUCUCCAAAAACACAAACUUUUCAACCUCUCUUCUUGGAAUCAUAACGAGAACGACACCGCCACAAGCACCACCACCCCAACCAACACCACCUUCUCCCCUUGCUACAUUGAUUCCUCUCACUUUUCCGACUCAUCAGAGAGCAACAACAACAACAACGGAAAGGAGGCAGCCGGCGGAGAAGGCGUGGCGGUGGAGAAAGACUCCGAUGACCCUUACUUGGAUUUCCGGCAUUCCAUGCUUCAGAUGAUUCUUGAGAACGAGAUAUACUCGAAGGAAGACCUGAGGGAGCUUCUCAACUGUUUUCUUCAGCUGAAUUCACCGUAUCACCAUGGUGUUAUAGUUAGAGCUUUCACUGAGAUCUGGAACGGGGUCUUCUCUGUAAGGUCAAGUUCUUCAGCCAGGUUUCACUUCAACCGUAAUAAUAAUAAGCCAUUCCACCUUGUAUAGAGAAUUAGAAUCUUUUAAUUAGUAGCUAGAUAGUAGUUAUUACUCAUUAGUGAUCAAGUUUACUAGGGAAGUGUUAUUUUCAUAGAAGAAAUGUUUGAUGUUUGUGAAUUGUAAUGGGAGAGAUCAGAAUGAAGAACUAAAUAGCUCUUCUGACGAGUGAUGAGGACUCUGUAAAAUUUGUUUCUUUUGUGAAAAUAGAAUUUCCUGAGUUGGUAAACAUUGUC